ACGUGUGCGGGCUGUCUGCCGAGGAAGGACGAUCUGCGCACUGGAGGUGCUGUUCUGGUCCUGCCGGUGCGCUGCUGGCGAGCAAGGCGGGAGUAAACCCAGAAAUAAAGAUGGACAAAACCACGGUGGUGAAAGCGGGGGCAGUGGCCAGCGCCAGUGUGUGUGCCCUGUUCGGCGGCGUGGUCUUAGCCCAGUACAUCUUCACCAAGAAGAAGAAAGCGGGCCGGAAAACCAAGAUCAUUGAAAUGAUGCCGGAGUUUGAGAAGAACACUGUCCACAUUAAGGACCCGGAGAGGGUGGAGGAGAUCAUCUGUGGCCUUAUCAAGGGUGGAGCUGCCAAGCUUCAGGUCAUCACUGAUUUUGACAUGACGUUAAGCAGGUUUUCCAGCAAUGGCAAAAGAUGCCCUACUUGUCACAAUAUCAUCGAUAACUGUAAAAUGGUCACUGAAGAUUGCAGAAGGAAGCUUCUUCAGUUGAAAGAGACUUACUAUCCAAUCGAAAUUGACCCCCAUCUCACCAUUGAAGAGAAGUACCCUUUCAUGGUUGAGUGGUAUUUCAAGUCUCACCGUUUACUAGUUGAACAGCGAUUACAGAAAGACAAGAUUCCAGAAAUUGUGAGGGAAUCUGAUGUUUGUCUAAGGGAGGGCUUCGAGCAGUUCUUCGACAGGCUGCACCAGCACGGCGUUCCUGUCUUCAUCUUCUCCGCGGGCGUGGGGGACAUCCUGGAGGAGAUCAUCCGCCAGGCGGGGGUCUACCGCCCCAACGUGCGCGUCGUCUCCAACUUCAUGGACUUCGACGAAAAUGGUGUGUUGAAAGGUUUCAAAGGAGAGCUGAUCCACAUGUACAACAAGCACGAGGGGGCUCUGAAGAACACGGAGUACUUCAAGCAGCUGAAGGACAACAGCAACAUCCUCCUCCUGGGAGACUCCUUAGGAGACCUCAACAUGGCUGACGGAGUGCCCAGCGUCGAGAACAUUCUCAAGAUUGGCUUUCUCAACGACAAGGUGGAUGAGCGCUUGGAAAAAUAUAUGGACGCUUACGAUAUUGUUUUAGCGAAGGAUGAAACGCUGGAAGUGCCCAAUUCCGUUCUCCAGAAGAUACUUUAGACAGAAUUACUGCAGACUGAAGCACUGGACUGGAGCACCUUUUAAAGAUGCACUUUUUAUCUCGACCUUUAUAAAAAAAUAUUGUUUUCCUCUCACCUGAACAGUCAUACACCUCAAGUUUCUUUUUUUUUUCUUUCAUCCGUACCAAACUGUCCGUGCUCCCUGCUGUCAAGUGUAAGAAACCCAAGACUGAACAAUUUUAGCAGUUUUCAUACUUCCAUAGGUAUUUUUUUUUUACUUUCAUAAGUAUGUGUGCAAUCAUUAAAGCAACAAUGCAAGAUAAACAAAACCGUGACCUACUAGCUUUAAAAAAUUUGCAAGUCUCAUUUGACAGCAGUCUAAUUUUACCAUCUUGACUACCACUACUAAACAAAAUGGUACAGUAUCGUUUUAAGGACUUGCCAUAUAUAAUUUGAAGGUCAUUUUGGACCUUCCAAAAGAAAGUAGAUGGGGAAAAGACUUCUAAACAGCAAGAGAAGAAGAAAAUCUUGAAGAAAAAAUGAAGAUGGGAUGUUGCCGAACUCGGGCUUCUUCGGAUCUUUUAUUUUCACUGCUUUCUUGUAUUGUUCUGUAAAAAAGUAGGCGAUAUGCCUAUUUUGAAUUGGAGAUUUAUACUACCUCUAAAUUUGGGUGGAAGUGUUUUGGGUUUGUUUUUUUUUUCUUCUUAAUUUCUCGAUGUGAAAUGUUUUCUUACUUUUCCUCAGUUGGAGACGUAUGGGUAGCUGGGCCUCUUGAGUGUUGAUGUCGUAUGCACGUUUCCCUUUUUAAAAGAAUUCAUCUGUGUGCAUAUUUGUGUGUGCUUGUAUAUUUAAAAUAGGCAGUUUGUUGAACAAAGAUGGUUCUUGUUUU